GCCUGUGACGUCACCGGACGCGCCCGCUUCUCGCUGGAGUGCGCACCGAGCGGCAGUGGCUUCGCCGCUGCUGUAGUUCCCCGGCUGGCUGCGGUCACUGGUGCCAGUGCUCAGGCGCCCGCUGCCCUUGACCUCCCGCCCCGCGAGCCCUAACUCAGCGCAGGAGGACCGGCUGCCGCCGCCGCCGCCGCCGCCGCCGCCAGAGUUGGAUUGAGCUCGGACUGUGUGAUAUAGUGGUUGUUGCAGAAGCCCCAGGACCACUUUUUGACUAGUACCUUGGGCACCUGACGUCAUCCCUUUGAGUCUCAGUGUCCUCUUCUGUAAGCAGAGCCAAGCACAGUGGGAACUUUCAGAAAGCACUGGUUGAAGGAACGCUGGAAUCCCUGGGACUUACUGCGUAGCAUGUAGUAGUUGCUCCUCUAGAAAAGUUUCACCUUAUGAAGUAUAGCAGGCUCUGAUGCUGGUGUCUGGUAAAAGAAGAUUACUCACAGCUCUGCUGCAGGCUCAGAAGUGGCCCUUUCAACCCUCCAGAGACAUGAGACUAGUGCAGUUCCGGGCACCCCACCUGGUGGGGCCUCACUUGGGCCUGGAGACAGGGAAUGGUGGAGGCGUUAUCAACCUCAAUGCCUUCGACCCCACACUCCCGAAGACGAUGACGCAGUUCCUAGAGCAGGGAGAGGCCACCCUCUCAGUGGCAAGAAGAGCCCUGGCUGCCCAGUUGCCAGUCCUACCACGGUCGGAGGUAACCUUCCUGGCUCCAGUCACACGGCCAGAUAAGGUGGUGUGUGUGGGCAUGAAUUAUGUGGACCACUGCAAAGAACAGAACGUGCCCGUGCCCAAGGAGCCCAUCAUCUUCAGCAAGUUUGCCAGCUCCAUCGUGGGGCCCUAUGAUGAGGUGGUCCUCCCACCACAGAGCCAGGAGGUAGAUUGGGAAGUGGAGCUGGCCGUGGUCAUGGGAAAGAAAGGCAAGCACAUCAAGGCCACAGAUGCCAUGGCCCACGUGGCCGGCUUCACUGUGGCUCAUGACGUGAGUGCUCGUGACUGGCUAACAAGACGCAAUGGGAAACAGUGGCUGCUGGGAAAAACCUUCGACACCUUCUGCCCUCUGGGCCCUGCCUUGGUGACCAAGGACAGUGUAGCAGAUCCACACAACUUAAAGAUCUGCUGCCGAGUGAAUGGGGAAGUGGUCCAGAGCAGCAACACCAACCAGAUGGUAUUCAAGACAGAGGACCUGAUAGCCUGGGUCUCCCAGUUUGUUACCUUUUACCCAGGGGAUGUCAUCCUGACUGGGACCCCCCCAGGUGUUGGUGUAUUCAGGAAACCUCCUGUCUUUCUCAAGGUCUCUGAAGGUCCAGAUAGCACUGAUGGCAAGCUUUGGGUCUGCACACUCUGGAAAGAAGAGAGAAGUGAAGGCUCUAGGGGGCAGCAGCCACCAGCAAACACCACUGCCUGCAGGAGCCUGGGCUGACUGGUUGACACUCACCGAAGAUCCCUUCUUCCUGGGCGGUGGCCUGCAGGAACUGGAACAGCUGGUCUGUGUAGCCCGACUCUGCAGAAGAGAGAAGACCUAGACCUGGCACCCAGCACAGACACAGCCUGCCUCGAGGACUGCAAGGGAACAAGGGCCUCACCAGUAUCGGGCAGCUGGCCCUGGUGGAGGAAGGUGGCAGCCUGUGCAAAGGCCUUGAGCAGCGGGCUGAGCAGGCGGCAGAGGAAAAGAAAGAAAUCUGGGCAGUGUGACUGCUGGCUGAGCUGGAGAGGACAGGCCGGGGUGAGUGCAGCUCCCCACCGCCUCCCUACCACCUCCCUCCAGGGGCAGUUUUUUGAAACACACCCUGGAGUACUGGCCCUCGGUCUCUUCGAAGUCGUCACUGUCACUAUCAGUAAAAUCCCCACUCGGUUUCCACAGCAGCUUUCUGCUCAAUCACCGUUGCCCUGUGUCACAGGCUGGCCGGAAGCCUGGGGUCUAGGGGCCGUGGAGCCAUUGUUCUCUGACAAGCUGGCCGGGGAUCAACCCUAUACCCCCAGACCAGGUACAUGCAGUUGAAACCAGUAAAAGCAGACCUAGAGACCCAAGAGGAUGGCCAGAGCCAUGCCCCAGCACCUGCUGGGCCAACUUGCAGAAUGAGAGGAAGUGAAUUCCCACCCUCAAGGGCAGUAGCCCUGUGGCCAAGAAAUGUGGGGAGCAGGAGGUGUGCAGAGAACCUCAGAGGCACACAUGUCUAGUGCUAUCCAGAGAGACACACACAGAACGGGGGCAUAGGUGGCCAUAUCCCAAGGCACAGGGAGCAGAGGUGCAAGCUAGGCUUCCCCACUGCAAGGCCAGGGGCUGCCCACCCCCACAGCACACACAGGGCAGAGGAGGAGCCUGGGGCAGCUGGCACUCAGGGUGGGAGGCUGGAGGAGGCCAGGCUCCAGGCAAGGAUCUUGUCUCCAGCUGCCCUGCCUACCUCCU